UGGGGUUCAAAUAUUGCAUAUUCAGUGUCAACAAAAUUGUUCUAAAUUACUACACACGCAUACAUAUACAUACACACAUAAUCUAAUUGUUUCAUUCUUUCGAAGAACUGGUUGCGAAAAAAAAAAUAUGUUUUUUUUUUGGAGCUGAAUUCAGUUAUUAGUAAUUGACGGGUUCUUUGUCUAGUUGACAAAGCCAAAAAAUAGAUCUGAGAUGAGCUCCUGUAGUAUAGCGCGUUUCAACCAGAGCUCUCUUCCGUUUAUAUCACCCUAAUUUUGUGUGUGCUUCUUAUUUAUCGUGGAUAAUUUGCUUUAUUGUUUGCGUUUUACUGUAAAACAAAACCAACGAGAUAUACGAAUUCACGGAUCCCAUGGUAUUUACAGAAAAGCAAUACAUACUACAACAGAACAAGCAUUUGGGUCUGACUCUCAAUUGGAGCGUCCCUGCGUCAGCAAUUCUGCUACAACCAAUAUUAAGAAAGCCGCAUACUAUCGAAAGUGAGGUUGACGACCAAGAAAAUGAACUUAGAAAGGGACAUGUAAUUACUCCGUUAUCUUCAAAGGUGCUGGUUCAUAAGGAAAAUGAUUUGCUAUCUCCUAUAUUUACUAAUCUUACCAACCAAACAAUCAAUGAUUCCAAUCCUAAGAAUAUGAAAUGGUGCAGACGCAAACGUGAAAAUACGCCAACAAAGGCAUUUUCCAAACGGCCGAAGACUUGUUUGCCUGUACCGAAACAGAGCAAUACGAAAGGUGAUGAUGAAGGAACUGCAUUAGAGACUCACAUACGGCCCCGUUCUCAGGACAAAUCUGUGCUCUUAUACAUCCAAGAAUUGGAGCAUGAAUUGGCUGAGAAAACGAAGCAAUUGUACAUUGCAUCCCAACAGUUGGCUUGCGAAAAGAAUGUAAUUCAUAAAAUGUACGAGUCCUUUUCAUGUUUGAAAACUUCCCUUGAUGAGGUCGUUCAUGAUUACAGUUUGAAGAGAGGCUCAAGAAUAUAUGCUACCGGGAUAGGCACGUUAGAUACAACGACUUCAUGGAGGGGGAAAUGCAUAAAAGACGAUGGAACUCGUGGACAGGUUCCUCAAGCAUGUGGCACUCCUUCACUAGGAAUCAUUAUUUAUUUUCUUAAAGCGCACCUAUUGUCUGACCGCUUACUAUUAAACAGUUCAUAUAAUUCAUGGCCUGUAUUUCAUCCGGUUCUGUUGGCCUAUGUUGAUACGAUAAUGCUAAGGAUAAUUCUGCGGCACUCCUGUAACACACUGUAUUUUCAACCCUCCAUUCUGAGAAUAAAGGCAGACAUGUUUAAUGUUGUUGUCAUCCCCGGUCCUCUGCUAAAACUUCUGCUCGUUUCAUUCAAAACAUCCACUUCACCAUUUUUAAUGAUUGAAUCACGGCCGUCUUACUCUUCUUCCCCUCAAAGUUCUCAUAACGGCCAUGCAUUGGUAGUACGAAAGGAAUUGUUUUCAAAAACGCACCUUUGUUCCAUACUUAAAUUCCAACUGGACAUGGUCAAGCAACAAUUAAUGUACCUGAAACAAGACCAACGAAACUGGGACAUAUCCAUUCAAACCAACCUACGUAGUUUAAAAACUAGACUCGGUUCCUUACAAACGAAUGACGCUUUAUGCUCUACGAAACCUACUGCAACAGCACAGCAAGAAAAUGAUCGGACAACGUUUAAAACCCAUUCGCGAACUGCAAGUGGAAUUAAAUCUCGAGGCACUCUUCAGCGCCAUCUUAACACAUUGAGUCGAACUCUUCAACGGCGGACAAUUCGUCUACAACAACGAAAAUGAUCCAAGCAGCUACAGCGACGAAACCGCAUUAUUAUUUAAUUUAUUUUCAAAGAGUGUAAUCUAUUUAUGUUGUGUGUUUCUCAGCAUACGUUUAUUUAAUGUAUUUAUUUUGUUUUCCUUGAGCAAUGCUAGUUCUACAGAAAUAAAUAGUCAAU